UUUAAAAGCCCAUUCAUUCUCAUCAACCUCUCUUCAAACCAAAUAGAAAAUCUCCCUCUUCUUUCUUUCUUGCUUUCUCUUCUUUUUCUCGAGAACCAAACAAUCAGAAAACGAAACCAUGGUGGUUCUGUCUCGGCCAGCAUUAGACCAUUUCUCCCAUAUCAAAACAUACAAGCCUCCAGCUACUUACUUUAACGAAAUUCCCGUGGUCGACCUCUCCCACCCAGAUGCUAAAACCUCCAUAGUCAGAGCUUGUGAGGACUUCGGCUUCUUCAAGGUCGUCAACCAUGGUGUCCCAAUGGAGUUCAUGAACAAUCUCGAAGCUGAGGCUUUCAACUUCUUCAACCUCCCUCAGUCUGAAAAAGACAGAGCUGGUCCUCCCGACCCAUUUGGCUACGGCAGCAAGAGAAUUGGCCCGAACGGCGAUGUGGGUUGGAUUGAAUACAUCCUCCUCAAUACUAACCCGGACAUCAUCUCUCAAAAAUCUCUCUUCACUUUCCGGGAAAACCCGGAGAUUUUCCGGUCGGCUGUGGAGAAUUACAUCGCUGCGGUGAAAAAGAUGUCGUUUGAGAUACUGGAAUUGAUGGCUGAUGGAUUGAGAAUCGAGCCGAGAAAUGUACUGAGUAAGAUGUUGAGAGAUGAGAAGAGUGACUCGUGUUUCAGACUGAAUCACUAUCCACCAUGUCCGGAGCUUGGAGCUUUGAGUGGUAGGAAUUUGAUUGGGUUUGGGGAGCACACAGACCCACAAAUCAUAUCUGUCUUGAGAUCGAACAACACAUCAGGAUUCCAAAUCAGUCUCAAAGAUGGAGCUUGGCUCUCUGUUCCAGCUGAUCAAAACUCUUUCUUCAUCAACGUUGGUGAUUCUCUACAGGUAUUGACUAAUGGAAAAUUUAAGAGCUUAAAGCAUAGAGUUUUGGCUGACCCAAGAAAAACAAGGCUUUCGAUGAUAUUUUUUGGAGGACCACCUUUGAGUGAGAAAAUAGCACCAUUGGCUAGCUUGGUGGGUGAAGGAGAAGAGAGUUUGUACAAAGAGUUCACAUGGUGGGAAUAUAAAAAGUCUGCUUAUAAGUCAAGGCUUGCUGAUAAUAGGCUAGGACUCUUUGAAAAAUCUGAUAUUAAUCCUCGUUGAACAAGUUGUUUGUUCUUGUUUCUUGUUUGUUUGGGUCAAAAUCCCUCUCUCAUCCAAGUUAGCAAAAAAAAAAAAAAAAAUUAUAUAUAUGAAAAUAUAUAAUAUAUAUAUUAGGGUUUUCUUUUUGGUUAAAAAAAUGUGUUCAACAUAGCUAGGUUUGGAAAUAGUUGACUCAACUUUCCAUAGUUGGAAAAAUGAAUAGGUUGUUCUUUAUUUAUCUUUCUCUUUCUACUUUGUAUCUUUUCAACUUUUGCUUGGUUUAAAUGUAACAACUAUAUCAACAACAACAA